GCUGAUUUCAAAUAGAGGUUUAACUUAACUAGAAGUCUACAAAAGCAGUAACCUACUACAUUCAAUUCCAUUAUAUCUGCCAACUCAGUCCGAUCAAUAUUCAAACACUAUUGACGCUCGUAAACUCACUACGAGUUUGAGAACUACUGCCCUAUGGCGUCCUCAGAAUUCCCACCCGAGUCUAUCCGCGAGAUAGUGGCGGAAGUAGCGAGUUUGUUGAAGGAGAGGAAGGAGACGAUUACUGUUGCAGAGACAGCGGCUGGUGGAUUGAUUUCUGCGGCUUUGCUGUCGAGGCCGGGCGCGAGUGGGUUUUAUAAGGGAGGGGUGACUCUCUACACGCUCGAAUCCCGCAUCGCCUUCGCCGGCUGGACGCCCGAGCACCUAAAAACCUACGCCGGCCCGACCCCCGCCGUCGUCGCCGGGCUAGCCGAGCACGUCAACAAGACCCUCCGCUCGACCUACACAGUCUCCGAGAGCGGGACCGCGGGGCCGACGGGGGGCACGACGCGGAAUAGGACGCCGGGUUAUGUUGCUCUAGCCGUCACGUCGGCCGCAGGCACGGUGACGCGUGAGGUCGAGACGGGGUUGGGCGAGGAUCGGGAGGCGAAUAUGGUGAGGUUUGCGGUGGAGGGGUUGAAGCUUGUGAGGGAUGUUAUUACGGGGGAGGCGAAGUUGUAGGAGAUAGCGGGGGAAUGGGUUCUGGGUGGUGCUGAUCGGGUAGCUAGGCAAUGGUAGCUACAGUAUAGGAC